GCGGGCUCAAACGCAUCGUCUUCCUCUCCUCGUCCCUCAUCCCCAUCAACGGGCCCGCGCAUGGCCAGAUCCACGCCUUGCUGGACCGCUUAUCCUCCAAACCCGAGGAGAGCGGGCUGGGGCAGUACGCGGUAUUGCGUCCGAGUUGGUUCGCGCAGAACUUCUUGGAGGGAAGUGGGGGGAUGCAUUGGGGAACGGCAAUGCGGGAGGGGAGGGUGUAUAGUGCGACGGGGCAGGGGAGGGUGCCGUUUGUGGACGUGGGGGAUAUUGCGGCCGUGGCGGCAGAGGUGCUUGUUGCGGAGAGGUUGCCGGAGGGGGAUUGGUUGGAGUCGGAGGAGAAGGAGAGCGCUAGUGUUGGCGAGAGGGAGGUGAAGGGGAAUGGACAGCAGUAUCUCAUUCUUGGGCCGCAGCCGGUCACGUAUAAUGAGAUUGCGGAGAUGAUGGCCGAGGUUCUUGAGAGGCCGGUCGAGCAUGUCAAUCUGACUGUCGAUCAGCUGGCGCAGAAGCUCGUUCAGGUUGCAGGUUUGGACGCGAAUUAUGCGCCUGUUCUUGCUGGUUUGGAUGGGUUCAUUGCUGGUGGCGCGGAGGAGAGGACCUUUGCUGAUGCAGGAGGAGGCUGUGUGAGGCGGAUGCUUGGUCGAGAGGCGAAAGAGGUGAAGGACGUGCUGCGAGACGCUUUGGCUGGGAAGCAAUCGUGA